GUGUGUGGUGAACCAAUUAGUAAAAUGGCGCUGGAUCAGUUUGUAAACACUGUAAAAACUUUGUCAAGUCAGAGAAGUUUAACAGAGCUCUGUGACUUUCUAAAUAAGCAGAGCUUGAUCCUGGCAGGAAAUAUCGGACAACUUGAUUCUAUUUAUGAGAGUUUAGAACCCAGUCAACAUAGUUUAGCUUGUGUAGCUGUUUUAAUAGCCAGAUUACAAGGUGACGCUGUAGAGAACUGGGAUUCGAUUUUGGCAAGAAUAAAUACUUUACUUACAGAGAGUAGUGAUGACCAGCUAAGGUUUUCGCCCCACAUUCUUGCCGAUCUGUGCCACAUUCUCUCAACAAAUCUGAUAAAAAAUAAUAUUCCUAUCCGUGGUAUUGCCCUUGUUCUCACUGCUAUUAAAAAACUCCAGCCUAACCCUAAAGUUCUCACAUCUCUUCACGCAGAUCUGGCGAAGCUCUGUCUCAAAGCAACAUGUUUCGGACCCAUCCUACCAAUUCUUGAUCAGGAUAUCUCACAGAUAAACAAGGAGGGGGAUAGCUUCGACGCAGCCCACGUUCUCCUGUACUAUUACUACGGCGGGUGUAUAUACCUGGCUGUCAAGGAGUACGAGAAAGCUCUGUAUUAUUUUGAGGUAGCCGUGACCUGCCCGACAGCUGCAGUAUCACACAUCAUGCUGGAGUCCUACAAGAAGUAUCAGUUAGUUGGACUUCUAGUACACGGAGAUAAAUCCAAGGAGGUGGUUACUCUACCCAAGUUCACAUCUCCAAUUAUUCCCAAGUUCUUGAAACCUCUCUGCCCUGCGUAUACAGAAGUAGUUACAGCAUACCAUCUCAGCUCAUCAGAUGGACUCAGAAAUGUUAUUACUAAAUAUAAGGAUCUGUUUGAGACUGAUCAGAACUUAGGUUUAGUUCGUCAGGUUCUUGAGGCUCAGACAAGAACUAAUAUUAAGAGAUUAACCAAAACUUUCGUUACCCUGUCGUUGGCCGACGUUGCGAGCAGGGUUGGAUUGGAUACUCCUGCUAGAGCAGAGAGAGAAAUUGUUGAAAUGAUAAAAACUGGAUCCAUUCACGCAACAAUAUCCCAACAGGACGGUAUGGUUAGGUUUGAUCUGAACCCUGAAUCCUACUCAAGUCCUGAAAUGCUACGCUUGGUUGAGGAAACCGUGACCAAGGCGAUAGUACUUGAUAAACAGGUUGAGAAACUCACUGAGGAAGUUAUGUUAAGCUGUCAGUAUAUUCGGAAAGUAGCGGGAACUAAGGAUGAUGAAGAUGAACGGCUGGCCUCCUCCAACAGCGCUGUUAGUUCUGGUGGAGGGAAACUACCCGGAUACAGUCUAGGAUAACCUAACUAGUUCUAGGCCUUCAUCUACUCUAUACUACACUAGAAAAUUGGUUCUGCAGAUCGUUCGUCUCACUCCAUUCAAUUAGUUAUGCCUAUCUCCCCCCUCUCAAUAUCCGUCUUUUAUACUCCUCAAAUAUAAACUUCUUUCUGAAAUCUUCGUCCAACCUCCUUCUUACUCUGCAUUUUUAUAUUUUUAAUCUCAAUUCCACACGCCUAAUAAUUAAUUCCUAAAAAUCCUUCUCAAUGAACCACCUCAGUUUUCGACUCAGUUCUUAUCCUUCAAAUCGUGAUCUAAUACAUAUAUAUAUAUACAAUACAUUCAUGAGGAAUCGUCUCUAAGAAUAAACCUUACAAAAAUAAAGGAACCUCGGAAAUCUUCAACAGUACUUUUAUAUUUUAAUUUAAAUAUUCAAAAGAAUUUAUGAAUUAAUUUUUUUCCUAAUGUGGUUCCCAAUCGUAUUUUCUUAACCUUGAUAAUGGGUUUGGUUGUUGGGUUCCAUCAUGGUUAUCCCUCCUUUAUUCCUCAUUUAACACUUAAGUUCCGUGGCACAACUAUUGUUCUUAAAAGAUCCUGAGCCUAAGUUUGAAUCAAUGAUGUUGUUUCAGAA